AUGAGUUCGCCUCCACGGAAGAAGAGAGUGAACUCCGGGUUCGUGUCCAACCCGUUCGUCAAGAAGCGUAAUCUGGAGUGGUCCAUAUCCCCGCCGCGUCCCCUCCAAAAUGCCGACCGUGGGCCUAGUGAAGCAGAAGGCCCACGAACCGGAGCCCAUCCACCUACGCAACUUGCAGACGAACAAAGUAGCGCAGGGAGAUGCCUCCAAGACGACCCUCAGAAACCACGGGACGGGCUCUCAGCAUCCGCAGCCAUCGAGAAUAACACAGUCAAGGUGACCGACCACCUCGACUGGUUUUCCAGCCUUCUCACAAAGGCUACCCUUCAGCCCUUCCCAGAAGGCCAACCCCGCCUCGCCAUACCAGCAUACCGGUCUCUGUAUAACAAUUCCUUCCAGUCCUCAGCCGGCGCCCAUUUUGUCGUAACGCAGCACGAUCAUCCAGUUGCCGGACCCCACUACGAUCUCAGGCUGCAGAUCAAUAAGGACUCAUCGUGCUCCUGGGCGGUCAUGUACGGCCUCCCAGGAGAUCCAAACUCGCGAGGCCGUACGGGGCGUGCGACGGGCGCGGGUGUACUCCGCUAUGCAAUAGAGACGCGGGUUCAUUGUCUCUGGAACCACCUGAUCGAAACAGCUGGCUCGCACACGGGCAGCCUUCUGGUGUGGGACACCGGAUCGUAUGAGGUCCUGCCGCCGCGGCAGACCGAUCACGCCCCAGCGGACUCUCAAGAGGGGAGCUCGGACGCCGGCGAAGAGGAAGAUGGCUGGGCAAAACUCACCCAACAGGAGAAGCUCGCCGCGGCUUUUUCCUCGCGCAAGAUAAGACUGCGACUAAAUGGCUCGAGACUUCCUCGGGGCUACGCCGUGAACAUGCGCCUAACGAAGGACGAGGAUGCCGCUGGGCGCGCCAAGGCGGCCAGGCCUGCAGGCACACGGAAGAAGAGGGGUGGGAAAGCGCCUCCGAAGAAGGCGCCGGAGGCGAGCAGUGAGAGUGAUGGAUCUGGCCCUGACACGAGGCCAGACCGCGAAGAUGGAGAGGAGGAGGAGUUCAACGACGAUUCCACAGCUGCGGGCAAGCAUGUCGAAGGCAUCUCUGGGGCGGAAAGAGAGCUUCGUGAGCUCGAGAAUGCCGAGACCCGCAGGACAAACGCGUACUCUGGGGCUGUCAACUCUAUUGGAAGUGUGUACCAGCGCCAGUGGUUCUUGUCUAUAGAUAGAGAGGAAUGUGGGUUCGUGAGAACAAAGAAGGAUGGAAGGGUGUGGUGGCAGCGGCAGCGGCAGCGGCGUGGUGAACCGUCAGUAGAGGACGAACAAGAAAAUGACCAGGUUAAAGGCAGGCUUCAGUGGCCUUUCUACGUACGCGGCCCUGACCACGAGAGGAGUAUCGUGACCGGUCGGCUUGGGGCCGAUAUACUGAGGGACGAAGGUGUUAUUGGUUUCGUUCGGAGGAAAGGGUGGAGGCCUAUCCUUGGGUGA